AUAUUAAAACAUUGAUAAAGCUUAAAUACACUUUUUUUAUUCUGAACAUAUUUGGGAUUGUUAUACAAUUUGGAAGGUCUGCAGGGGUCUUAAAUUUAAUUAUUUAAGUUGGGUUGGUGUGAGCCGCGUAACCUCACCGGGUUUCGACUCUUCGCCCAGAAGGAGGCUGACAACAGGGUGACAACUGUAAAGGGCAAACUGGAAGUCGGUUGUAAUCAUCUGUCACGAUGAGGACGGGUGUCGAUCCGUCGAAUUUGCGAUGAGAAUAAAUCGGUCUUCCCUGUGAAAAUGUCGAGAGGAAAUUUGGUGAUACGUUGUGUUCAGGGGAGGGGUGGGAAAAUGCAAAUUUCAAGAGAGAAUCCCAUUCGAUAGGGCACUCGGCGGCCGUUUCAUCACAAACACAAAGUGCCAGAAGCCACGGGCGACGGACCGGCCAUGCAGCAAGGAAGCGCGACAGGGAAUCCCAGAAAUAAAGUGGCCCUGGGGCCUGGAAGGUCGCUGAUGGAUUGGAUUAGGCUUGGCAAUAGCGGAAUUGACAUGAGUGGAACUGAAGGGAAAAUCAUCAAAGUGACAAAGGAAGAACUUGCCAAGCAUAAUACCAAAGAUGACGCAUGGAUUUGUAUCAGAGGUAAAGUAUACAAUGUAACAAGAUAUUUGGAAUUCCAUCCUGGAGGAGUUGUUGAAUUAAUGAAAGGGGCAGGGAUUGAUGCUACCUCUUUGUUUGAUUCAGUGCAUUCUUGGGUCAAUUAUGACUCCUUACUGAAAAAAUGCCUUGUUGGAACUUUAGUGUCAGGAGUUGUUGAUAGUCAAAUUUUUCAAACCCCUGCCCCGAGCACCUCAUUUAAAAAUAAUACAAACAAUGAAAAACAAACGUUUCCCUCCUCCGUCACAAAAUUCGAUUGGUAUCAGAAGAUUAAUGGCGUUGUAUUUGUUUUUCAUUUGAAUCAACCUGUCAGAAAACUUCAUUUGAAUAAUAAAACUGAUGGAGAGCUCUGGGUUUACUUCGAGGAAAUAUGGCUCGGAUGGAAACUUUUGUCAAAAGUGGAGUGGCCACCUUCAGUCACCCUAGUGCUCGUAAAGGCAGAUCUUUCUCUAGAAAUAAAAUUCCGGAAGGAUAUUUUGGACAGUUGGGGACGCCUUGUGACUCUCAGCCCUGGUGAAAAACCGCCACCGCCUAGCAAAGCACAAUUAAAAAUAGUUGAAAUUAAUCCUAUCAAUCAUAACGUUUAUAUUAUUGGGCUAACCUAUGUCAAUUCUGUCUUCAAUUAUAUUCCAUUAGGCUUUCAUAUAUCUCUCUCAGCAAAUAUUAAAGAUACAGAAGUAGAAAGACAGUAUACUCCUAUAUCCAAUUUGUUGACCGAAUUUCCUUUUGAUGUUACUCUUAUGGUAAAAUCAUAUCCUGAGGGUGCAUUCUCCAGUUGGUUUACAUCACUAAAGAUUAACGAUGUUGUAACCAGUUCAAUGCCAAUCGGCAGUUUUUCUCCACAGCUUCUUACUGACGUAACCCACUUAGUUUUAUUUGCCGCUGGUACAGGCCUCACUCCAAUGGUACGACUUAUCCAGUGGGCUUUACAACUUAAAAAAAUCAUUAAUGUAAAACUGUUGUUUUUCAAUCGGAGCGAAAGGGACAUUGUCUGGAGAGAAGAGUUUAACACAUUGACAAGAGUCGAUACUAGGUUUACAGUUGAACACAUAUUGUCUCAGCCUGAUCCCACCUGGUCUGGAAAACAAGGAUACUUAACUUUGCAAAUGAUGCAGAUUUUCAUUCCGGACUUCUCAAAAGAAGCUCUUCAGCCUUAUUUCGUUUGUGUCUGUGGGCCCAUAGCUUUUACACAAUUAGCAGAAAGGUAUCUUCAAGACAUGAACUACGACGCUGGGCGAUAUUUUUGUUUUCGAGGUUAAAAUUUCUCUCUUGAUCUGUAAAUAUAUUGAACAUUGUUUUAAAAAAGGUAUAUAAAUCCAUAAACAGCCAAGGCUUAUUUUCUUUGUAAUACUUAUUUUUGUAUAAAAAAUAGUAAAGAAAAACCACCUGUUGGAUAAAUAAAAGUAUUUAUUUUAAUAAAAGUUAAAAGUAAGGUUAAUUGUGCCAAAUAGUUCAUCAAUUUUGUUGGAAGGUAAGUUUAUAGAGUGUUGUUAUUGUAAAUUUAAAAAAAAUCUUAAAAGUUUUCCAAAAACAGUGCAAUCAUUUGAUUUUAUUUUUAGGUAAAAAUUUACUUUUAGCUAUUCGUCAGUUUUUCUAUAAAUUGAUCACUUUGCAAUUCCAUGAUCUUUAGUAAUUGAGAUUCUCAGUUAAAAUUGUAUUGAUUGUUAAUGGCUUGCUGUGUAAUAGAUAUGAAACUAGUCAGAGUCAUUGGAGAGGAAAAAAAUAUUCAUUAUCAUUUUAAAAUUAUUUUAUCACUGAGAUCUAUGUUGUGAAUUAGGCAGUUUCAAUGUUGUAGGAAAAUUUUGAAAACAUGGCUUAUAAUGUUGUCAAAUUAAAGAAUUAUUACUGCUGGAAUUUUAGAUUUGAUAGAAAUUGCCACAAAAUUAUGUCGUUUCUUUAAAUUUUCAAGCUGAGAACUACCUGUGAUUAGUAUACAAAAUAUUUUAAAAUGCACAUUUACUUUUUAUAUGUAUCUACUGAAAAGAAGCAAAAUAGCUUGUGUGCACAUAUCAGAAAUUUAAAUUAAUGAAACGGGAUUACAAGCAUAUAUGUUUGUGUUGGAAAAUUGUUUAAAAGACAAAUUUUCAUGACAUCCUAAUGUAAGACUGAAGUCUCUUAGAUUUAUAUUUGUUAAGACAAUCUAUUCCUGUCAUUAAUACCGUGCUAAUAUGAACGAUGUGUGUUAUUUUAAUUGGGGAAACAAACAAAGCCUUAUUCACUUUCUGAGGGGGAUUUUCAUUUUUAGCGGGAACAGGGACCAUAAUGUGUUACAAUUUAUUUGAACACCAAUUAGAUGUAUGUAAAAAAAAAGUGUUAAAUAAAAUUAUCCUGUAAAA